AUGCAACUGACUGUACACAAGACGAAUGCCAGUUUCAGUGGAAUAACUUGCUCCUUUGGAAGGGGACAGUCUGUGUUUCUGUUCAGAGAAAAUGGAACUAUUGACCUCGUUGAUUUACUGACGCAUAAAUUUGUGUGUAGAAUUGAUGUGAAAUUGAAAAUAGAAAGGAUAGUGGAGGGAUUCAACAACAAUCUUUUAGUUUCUACAGCUGACAAUAAGAUAUACGAGUUCAAUACAAGUGAUUUUAGCAUUCUAGAAAUCAAAGGAACAGGUGGCCUAAUCAACAACAAAAUGUAUUGGGUUGAGAAAGAAAUACUAGAUUUCGAUGACGAAAUCAUCAAGAGAUUUACUACCAGAAUAAUAGGCGUAUUUGUUACAAAAGAAACAAUAUUCGUGUCACUUGAAGACAAUACGCUAAAUGUUUUUGAUAGGGAAAUGAAACUGAUAAAUGAAAGUGAAUUCAAAGGAAUCAUUAAGGGAGUAUCAGAACUACGAGAAAAUGAACAUGUGAUGAUUGAUAGUGAUUCACUGUACUACAUGAAGGAGUUUGUUGUAUUGGACAAAAUUAUGAUAGAAAAUCCGACAGGUUUGGUCUGUAAAGAUGGGGAUGUAAUAGUGAAUAGCAACCAAAGAUACCAGAUUUAUACAGUUGGAAGAAAAAUAGUUCAUAAGGCCAAUUAUACCGCACACUGUGAUAACAUCAAUGGAUUUAUAGAAAUUGAUGGUGAUGUAUUCAGUUACGGAAAAGACAGCUUAUUUGUUCAGGUGGACUGGAACAAGAAGUACAAUAUUUUUGUAAAGAGAAUAUUUGAAGAGGAGCUUGUUAGAAGUGGCAAGAAGAGUUGGUUAAUAGCAGACGGUAACAAAUUGAACAUUUAUGAAAUAACAACCAAUACUAUUGAAACAAGAGACCAAAUCAAUAACAAUGCAACAACUAGUGAUAUUCUGAAUAGAAUCAACAACACCAAACUUAUUUUUGAAGAGCAGAAACCAGGUUUACGACACCUGAUAAAAUUAACUACUGAAAAUAUCAUACUGGAUUGUGAUAUAUCAAAUGAUGGAUCGUAUAUUGCACUAACAACGAAUAAUAGCACAAAUGUGUACGAAAUAAAACAGGGUGAAAUGGAAUGUGUGAAAAAGUGGCCUGGUUGCAGAUGUCUCAGAUUCAUUGGCAACAAUCUGGUGAUGUUGACCAAGGAAUUCGAAUUGCUGCUCUUCAACUACAAGGAAAGCAGUGAAAUCAACACCGGAAUAAGCUGUGAUAAAAUCUGUAGAAUUUUACAGGUGAAUGAAAACACAUUUGUAUUUGAUAACACACUCUACAACAUUGAAGAAGAUUCAAUAGAGUGCACUAAAAUCAGCAACAUCAUAGUUGAUGCAUCCAAUAAUACGCUACUAACAAAAUCUAGUGAUCAAUAUCAAAUCAGUCAACUCAACGAAAAGAGUCAGGUCAUCAGUACAGAGACAGUGAACAAUAUAAAGCCGUGGGAAAUGCUUAAACAAAUAAUCAAUCAGCAAUAUUGCACAAAUGAAAGGUAUUUGGUUGAUUUGACUGGUGAUAGAACUGAUUUGGGUGCAAUUGUACAACAUGGAUCUAUUUUAUCAGAUAGCAUUCUGAUAGUCCAACUCAAUUGGGAAGAAGUAGUCAGAAAAGGCAAGAGCACGAAUUAUCAGGCAAAAUACGGUAACAAAUGA